GUGCUCUCUUUUGACACCGGAAGUGAAAAGUGCCCCGAAGGCGGAAGUCGGGGAUGCAGUAGUGUGGCUUCUUUCAAAACGUUUCUGCUUUCUUCCCUUUGCUCCCGCUCCUCUUCUUCCUUCUCCCGGCGCAGCUCCUGGCACCUCCUGGACGGCGGGGGUCGCGGGGGUGAGUCCUUUCCGCGGGUCCGGAAACAGUGUCCAUAUGAAUGAACACAGCUGCAGUCUUCCAGGUACCCUUUUCACUGCUUGACCCAAUUUGCAACAGCAGACAUGAGUGGCUCCAAACCUGACAUCCUGUGGGCUCCGCACCAUGUUGAUAGAUUCGUUGUCUGUGAUUCUGAACUCAGUCUCUACCACAUUGAAUCUGCUGUGAGUUCUGAACUUAAAGCAGGGUCACUGCGUUUAUCUGAAGAAACGACAGCUACUCUUUUGUCCAUUAAUUCAGACACUCCAUAUCUGAAAUGUGUGGCUUGGUAUCCCAAGUAUGAUCCUGAAUGUCUACUGGCAGUUGGUCAGGCCAAUGGUCGGGUUGUGCUCACUAGCCUUGGCCAAGAUCACAAUUCAAAGUGUAAGGAUUUGAUAGGAAAAGAAUUUGUGCCAAAACAUGCUCGUCAGUGUAAUACCCUGGCAUGGAAUCCACUGGACAGUAAUUGGCUUGCUGCUGGCCUUGAUAAACAUCGGGCUGACUUUUCAGUGCUGAUUUGGGACAUCAGCAGCAAAUAUACACCAGAAACGCCUGUUGCUACGGAGAAAGUGAGGCUGUCUGCUGGAGAUACUGAAGCAGGACUGGUUGUGACAAAACCUCUUUAUGAAUUAGGGCAGAAUGAUGCCUGUCUUUCCCUUUGUUGGCUUCCACGAGAUCAGAAACUCCUUUUAGCUGGAAUGCACCGAAACCUGGCUAUCUUUGACCUUAGGAAUACAGGUCAAAAAAUGUUUGUGAAUACCAAGGCUGUUCAGGGUGUAACUGUUGAUCCCUACUUCCACGAUCGUGUGGCUUCCUUCUACGAAGGGCAGGUUGCCAUCUGGGACCUUAGGAAGUUUGAAAAGCCUGUGUUAACUCUUACAGAACAACCCAAACCUUUAACAAAAGUAGCAUGGUGUCCUACGAGAACUGGAUUGCUGGCUACUUUAACCAGGGAUAGUAAUAUCAUCAAGCUGUAUGAUAUGCAGCACACUCCUACGCCCAUAGGAGAUGAAACAGAACCCACAAUCAUUGAAAGAAGCGUGCAGCCUUGUGAACACUAUAUUGCUUCCUUUGCAUGGCAUCCCACAAAUCAAAAUCGCAUGGUGGUUGUGACUCCUAACAGGACCAUGUCCGACUUCACUGUGUUUGAAAGGAUCUCUCUGGCAUGGAGCCCUAUUACCUCCCUAAUGUGGGCCUGUGGGAGACAUCUGUAUGAGUGCACAGAGGACGGGAAGGCAAGUUCUUUAGAAAAAGACAUUGCUACCAAAAUGCGCUUGAGGGCUUUGUCCAGGUAUGGCCUUGACACAGAACAGGUGUGGAGAAACCAUAUUCUUGCCGGGAAUGAAGACUUGCAGUUGAAGUCACUUUGGUACACUCUGCACUUUAUGAAACAGUAUACGGAGGAUAUGGAUCAGAAAUUUACAGGAAACAAAGGAUCCUUAGUUUAUGCAGGCAUCAAAUCUAUUGUGAAGACCUCUAUGGGAACAACAGAAAACCUUAGGCACAGCAGGAGUGGAUCUGACCGACAAUCAGAUAUUAUUCAGUACCAGAGUGAGGAAAGAUCAUUGGCUUUGCAGCUUUGUGGAUGGAUAAAGAAGGGCACAGAUCUGGAUGUAGAGCCCUUCCUGCACUCCUUGGAACAAGAAGGGGACUGGGAGCGAGCUGCUGCUGUGGCCCUGUUCAAUUUGGACAUCCGGCGUGCAAUGCAGAUAUUGAACAAAGGCGCUUCUUCCGGAAAAGGUGAUCUGAAUCUUAAUGUCGUGGCUAUGGCAUUAUCCGGCUAUACAGAUGAAAAGAACUCUUUGUGGAGAGAAAUGUGCAGCACACUAAGGUUACAGUUAAACAACCCUUACCUGUGUGCUAUGUUUGCUUUUCUGACGAGCGAAUCAGGUUCUUAUGAUGGAGUUUUGUAUGAAAGUAACGUAGCUGUACGAGACAGAGUGGCAUUUGCUUGUAAAUUCCUGACUGAUGCCCAGCUGAAUAGAUACAUUGAAAAACUAACCAAUGAAAUGAAAGAAGCCGGAAACCUUGAAGGAAUCCUCCUGACAGGUCUCACAAAAGAUGGGGUGGACUUAAUGGAAAGUUAUGUUGAUAGAACAGGAGAUGUUCAAACAGCAAGCUAUUGUAUGUUGCAGGGUUCUCCUUCUGAUGUACUUAAAGAUGAGCGAGUUCAGUGUUGGAUAGAAAACUAUCGUAAUCUGCUAGAUGCAUGGAGGUUUUGGCAUAAGCGAGCAGAAUUUGACAUCCACCGGAGUAAGCUAGAUCCCAGUUCAAAGCCUUUAGCACAAGUGUUUGUCAGUUGCAACUUUUGUGGAAAAUCAAUCUCCUACAGCUGCUCGACCAUUCCACAUCAGGGCCGUGGUUUCAGCCAGUAUGGUGUAAGUGGAUCCCCAACCAAGUCAAAAGUCACAAGUUGUCCUGGGUGCCGCAAGCCUCUUCCUCGCUGUGCCCUUUGUCUCAUCAAUAUGGGAACUCCAGUUUCCAGCUGCCCAGGAGGAUCUAAGUCAGAUGAAAAGGUGGACCUCAGCAAGGACAAGAAAUUAGCUCAGUUUAACAACAGGUUUACAUGGUGCCACAACUGCAGACAUGGUGGUCAUGCUGGACACAUGCUUAGUUGGUUCAGGGAUCAUACUGAAUGCCCUGUUUCUGCAUGUUCAUGUAAAUGUAUGCAGCUGGAUCCCACAGGGAAUCUCAUCCCAGCAGAGAUGAUCCAGCCGUGAAACAUCAGAGCUUGAAUCGAGAGCAUCAGAACUGGACUCUGUCUCCAAUAGGUAUCCUUUACAACCCAAACACAGCAGAUGUCACUCGUGACUUGCAUGGAACAGAAAAAUAAAUCAUUCCAUCACAUCAGCAAGUUGUGUGGAAAGUUUUGAAGAGCUUUGCAUAGCUGUGUGCUCCUGGACUGAAUCUUCAAAUGUGUCAUGUGGACUCUGUUCACUCAAUUGUGAAGCAGUUGGUUUCAAAGACAUUUACAGAGGCUUCACUGAAAAGCACCCAUCUGGAAGAUUUUCAUCCUUAAUUCUGUCCAGACCUUGAGGCUUCCAUUGGAAAUGAACUGGUAUCAUACACUGUGUUUCAUGGACUUUCAGAGAACACUGUUGAAAAUUGCCAUGUGAAAGGGUCAUGCCAUCAAAUGAUUGUACAUAAAUAAAUGUUCGUAUCAACAUUUUCUCCAGAUUAAGUAUGCAAACAUAGUAAUAUUCCCGUCUGCAGUUUGCUCACAUUGCAUGGCAAUGUGACACUCCUGACAAUCUGUGGUUAAUAUGUCGUUUUAUUUCUAAGAGUAAAUAAUAAGGUUCCAUCCAAAUAGUGGCAUGCUUUGUGCAGCAUCCAAAACUACAGAAUUUUAAAGUACCAAAUGAAUUGAUUAGUGGAUUGUGCAGAACAGAUCAGUAUAUGUAUCAACUACUUUUAAAACCAGGGUUUACCUAUAAUCCUAAAACACAUUACACUGUGAAUUGUACAUCCAAAUUUUUCUUAGGUGACAUUUGUUGCCGUCAUAAUUUCAGAGCUUAAUACAGUACAUGAUGAACAGCAGCCAGAGAUGGUAUACUUAAAGCUUACUUGCAAUAUUAGUGUGGCACUACAUAUCAUCUGCCAUUGCUGUCAUAGUGGCUGCUUUUACCAAAUCUUUGUACGCAACAAAAUAUCUGGGUUAACAUAAAAUGCCAGCAGGAUGUUUCAUGCAGAGGUAGAUGUCUUGAAACAUCCUGCUGGCAUUUUCUGGUAAAAUCAUGGAAAGUUGACACAUUCAGAAGAGAACAUACAAAUUAGCAAUACACUGGUUGUUUUGGUAACUGUGGUGUAUGCGGGUGGUUUUACAGAUUUCUACUCUUGCAUCAAGGCAAGUGCAUGACAUUCAACUUUUUGAUAAUUGGCUAGAAACUUGAACUUUCUUUGCACCUUUUCAAUGCAUUGUAGGAAUUGUGUGAGAUGUAAUAUAGUUGCCUAGUUGACAAUCUUUUUUUUUAAAAUCUAAGGGCUUGGAUCCAAGGAACCAUGUGCAAUAUUGUGUAGACGCACUUGGGUUUUCCUGCCUUUUUUCCCCACGGUACUUUGUGCUGCUUGAAAAGCUAUAAGGAUUGAGAAGCCCUUUGGUGUAGUGGGUAAAGAAACAGAAACUGGUCACUGAUAGACAUACAGGGGGGAGCUAUCUCCACUUGUAUAUAGGCAACUUUGGGUCCAAGCUACAAUUUAUAUGCUGAAAUAAUUUUAGGAGGAAAAUAAAUCUUUAAUAAUAAACAGAAAUAUUCGCUUUAAUGUACAAUGUUACAGUAAUCUCUAUUGUAUUGCCUCAGUGAAAGGCUACAAUUUCUGGUUAGAACUGCAUUUUUACUGUUGAAGUCUAUUGAAAUGCCUAUCACAGUAUCCAAAUGGUUACUGUAUUUUUGUAACGUUGAUGAAAGGUUACCCUUUGUUAUAAGGUUUUUAGAAUAUCUACAUUUAAUUUUAAGCCUUUAAGAGCAAUGUAUAGACAUUAUUUUUGUGUCAUAUUCGAUGUAUUAAAGGAUCAUGGAAAUUAUCUUUGUCUUCCUUUCUGUAAAAGGGGAGAUAGGUAAGUAUGAAGAGUUCAUGGAUGUCCAAAGCGUAUUUGUAAAAUAAAAGAACCUUUUUUCUUACUUGAAAGGUAUUUCACACCAAUCUAUGGAAGGUGCACUUGUCUUUUGAAAUGGAACUGUCCUACAAUUUAGAGUAAAAUGUGUGUACAGUAUACUGAAUUUUUGUGUGAACAUUUUAGAUCAACUGAAAGGUUGAGUAGUUGCACUGUACAUUAAUAUCCACUUACAAGUCCAAGUAUUUAGACAGCUGUGUAUUUCUACAGACUGGGAAAUUUAACUUUUGUCUUCUGUUUCUACUCAAAAUUGUAAAAUAAAGAUUGUGUUGGACUCGCAAGUUUGAUUACAUUUAGUGUUUCACAUCAUCUGUAAGUUGAUAGCUGCUUAAAUAGUUCAGGAAGGUAUUUGUGUUGAUAGUGCUGUACUUGCAAAUGUAACAGCCCACCAGUACAUAAACGUCUAGUGGAUCAGGAAUAGAUAGUGUCACCACUUGAGUAUAUCUUUUGGUCUUUAAUAAUCCCAGUACUCAAAGUGUAUAUUGUGUUAAUACUUUGAACUAAAGCAACUUCAAGUUUCCUUUUCUGUCACUAACAAAAAUAUAGUCCAUUUGAGUUGAGAUGGGAAUCAUAUACUGAGAAGUCACCUUGCUUCACGC